CGAGCCCCCCCAUUCCGGAGCCACCGCUCGGGUCGGGUCGCUCCGCACCUCCUGCUCCUCCGGACGACGAUGGCCAGCUGUGUCCGUGGCCGCCGCCUGGGGCUCGCCCUGGGGCUGCUGCUGGCCCUGGCGCUGGCUCCGCGGGCGCUGCGGGCCAAGCCCACGGUGCGCAAGGAGCGCGUGGUGCGGCCCGACUCGGAGCUGGGCGAGCGGCCGCCCGAAGACAACCAGAGCUUCCAGUACGAUCACGAGGCCUUCCUGGGCAAGGAGGACUCCAAGACCUUCGAUCAGCUCACCCCGGACGAGAGCAAGGAGAGGCUGGGGAAGAUCGUGGAUCGAAUUGACAGUGAUGGGGAUGGCUUUGUCACUAGUGAGGAGCUGAAAGUUUGGAUCAAACGGGUGCAGAAAAGAUACAUCUAUGAUAACGUCGCUAAAGUCUGGAAGGAUUAUGAUAGGGACAAAGACGACAAAAUUUCCUGGGAAGAAUACAAACAAGCCACCUAUGGCUACUACCUAGGCAAUCCCACUGAGUUCCAAGAUAGUUCCGAUCAUCACACCUUCAAAAAGAUGCUGCCCCGUGAUGAGAGAAGAUUCAAGGCAGCAGACCUUGAUGGAGACCUGAUAAUGACACGAGAGGAGUUCACUGCCUUUCUGCACCCUGAGGAGUUUGAGCAUAUGAAAGAAAUUGUGGUUUUGGAAACCCUGGAGGACAUUGACAAGAACGGGGAUGGGUUUGUGGACCAGGAUGAGUACAUUGCUGACAUGUUUUCCCAUGAGGAGAGUGGCCCUGAGCCAGACUGGGUUUUGUCAGAACGGGAGCAGUUCAAUGACUUCCGGGAUCAGAACAAGGAUGGGAAACUGGACAAGGAUGAGAUCCGACACUGGAUCCUCCCCCAAGAUUAUGACCAUGCGCAGGCAGAAGCCAGGCACCUGGUGUAUGAGUCAGACAAAAACAAGGAUGAGAAGCUAACUAAAGAGGAGAUCUUAGACAACUGGAACAUGUUUGUUGGAAGUCAAGCUACAAAUUACGGGGAGGAUCUCACAAAAAAUCACGAUGAACUUUGAUGGACAUUCAUUAUAAUGAGGCAGACUGUCUAAGGUCUCUUACUGUCUUGGGUGGUUGCUAUUUUCAUCUGAUUUACAGCAAUUGUAUCCCUAAAAAAGCAUUAUACCUCAGAUUGGGGUAAAAAAAUUAUUUUUCACUCCAUAUUUACUGGAAAGUGAUCCUCACUUUUUUUUUCAGUAAGAUUUCUAAAAACACAUUAGAAUCAUAGCAAAUUACAGUUCUCCAUGGGGAUACAUUGCUACAGUAUGACUUCCAAAGAGUUAUUGUUUUUUUUCCCACUAAAUGUAAGUAAAAGGGUAAUGAAACUCAAUAAAGUUCUGCUACUCAGAACUUUGGGGGGGGGCGGUAGCAUAUAGGGUGACUGCUGUGUAUGUGAACUAUCAUAUUUAAAAAAAUAUUUACCACUGUUAAACAGUCAGUGGUAUUUCCUUAGACUUAUUUCAGAGCAAGUCUAAGAUUUUUGAUUCUUUCUUGACCUAUUUUGAACUGUUACUAUAAGUGGUAUACAAGUCUCUGUGCAUUUUUCUGUAGGUGCAUAAUUAAUCCACAUUUUUGUUUGCUGUUUUUAUAAAAAGCAAUCAAAAAAGAUAAUGUGAACAAGGAAGGAAUUUUAGAGGUAGGGAAAUGAUGGAGGUCGGGCAUUUGAAGAAUUAUACCAAUAUGGAGAGACCUUUAAGUAUUUUUGAGAAGAUUUUCUUUACAUGGAAAUGAGGUAGACCUGAUCUUUGAAGUAGUGGCUAGAAAUAUAAUCCAUUUCCUCAGUGAUUCUGAAUUGAAAUGAAGGUGUGAGAUUCUAAGCUAUUCAUCCAGUGAACUCACAUCCUCAGCUCCACCUCAGGACGGCUUACACUAUAGAAGUGGGACAAAGUGAUGUUCUGAGCCUUUGAGUGAAUGAUAAGAAAUGAUCUAUUGGAAACAAUAAAGGAUCAUCUUGAGGAUUUUCUACUGUGUCCUGUUGUGUUU